AUGAAGCUGUACGACGCCCUCUCCGACGACCUCGCCAGCUGGGUCCGCCAGCAGCCCGUCUUCUUCACGGGCUCGGCCUCGACGCACGGCCCGCACAUCAACGUCUCGCCCAAGGGCCUCGCCGACUCGCACUUUGCCAUUCUCUCGCCCACCCGCUGCGCCUACAUUGACCGCAUGGGCUCCGGCUGCGAGACCAUUUCCCACAGCUACGAGAACGGCCGUCUGUGCCUCAUGUUUAUGAGCUUCGGUCCCACCCCGCGCAUCCUCCGUCUCUUUGGCCGGUCGUCGGUCGUCGAGUGGGACAGCCCCCGCUUCCAGGACCUCGUGCGUGCCGUGUCCGGCCGGGAUGGCUUUGACGCGGCCCGCGCCGUCAUUAUUUGCGAUAUUUGGCAGGUCCAGACGAGCUGCGGCUACGGCGUGCCGCGCGUCAAAAAGGGCAUCUAUGCCGCCGAGGAUGAGGACGAGGCUGGCAGCGAGAGGGGGGGUGGCAAGGCCGCCGACGGCGGGCACAGGGUCGGCGACGCUACUGUCGACAUGGAAAAGCUGCUGCGGGAGGGCCGGGACAGCGACCAGAAGCUCACAGAGCUGUGCGUCUUCGAGGAGCGCCCCCAUCUCGACUCCUGGGCCGGCACCAUGGUCAGCAAGAAUACUGCCCUGAAGUAUCAGGCUCAGCACAACGCGCGCAGCAUGGAUGGGCUGCCUGGUAUGAAAACGGCCCGUCGCGACAACAAGGAAGUGCUCUGGUUGGGAGAUGCCGCCGCCUACCUGCGGCGAACCUCAGCAGAGAAAGUGUCUGUAGCUAUCGGCUUCCUGCUUGGAGCAUUCUUUUACUUUAUACUCACCGUGCUGAACCUGGUGGCACAUUGA